CGGGGCUUCAUUUGCAGAGAGGCGAGAAUCCAGGUCCUGCGUGGAGGCAAGGAGCUUCAGGAACCAGGAGGCGAAGGCAGAGGUCUGAAGCCUGUGUCCUGAGGUCAGAGAGCAGAAGAGGUCCAGGCAGUAUCAGGAGUCAAGGCAUUGUGCUCGUGGUUGAGAUGAGUGAGCUCAGCAAACCCGCGGAAGACCUUCAGGACCCAGGCGAAGCCCAGAGCCCUGUCGAGGUGCCACACUUGGAGGCUGAGGUGGGAGAGGCCUCAUCCCACUUGACCUCCUACCCCCCAGCAUCCUCCUCCGCUCCUGUGGAGGACUUGCCCCAAGAAAUUCUGGAUAGGAUGAUGACUAACCUGAUGAAGUUCCUGCUCCUCAAGUAUCGAGCCAAGGAGCUGACUUCUCAGGUGGAAAUGUUGAAUAAGGUCUUCAGGGAUAACCAGGAGCACUUCCCGGUGGUCUUCAGUGAAGUCUCAGAGUGCCUGAGGCUGGUCUUUGGCGUGGAUGUGAAGGAGGUGGACCCAGUGGAGCACACCUACAUCUUGGUCCCCAUCCUGGGCCUCACCUGCGAUGAGAUGCCAAGCGAUGGGGUGGGCCUGCCCAAAGCUGGCUUCCUGGUGCUGGUCCUCAGUGUGAUCAUGCGGUGUGGAGACCCGGCCCCUGAGGAGGUGGUCUGGGGAGCACUCAGCAGGUUGGAGGUGUAUGUUGGGAGGGAGCACUGUGUCUUUGGGGAGCCCAGGGAGCUGCUGACCCAAGUGUGGGUGCGGGAGGGAUACCUGGAAUACCAGCAGGUGCCUGACAGCCACCCUGCUCGCUAUGAGUUCCUGUGGGGUCCCCGGGCCUAUGUGGAGACCAGCAAGUGGCAAGUCAUGGCAUUUAUGCUCAGGGUCAAUGAAAGGGCUUGGAGGGCCUUCCCACUCCUGUCUGCAGAGGAUGCAAGGGAGGAGGAAUAGGGGGCCUGAGACAGCAGCAGCCAGCUUGAUCCAUCUAUCUGUGAUUAAAGAGGGGGUAGUCAGCUUUCUAAAAUGUGAGGGCCCGGGCAAUUGGGGGAACCAGUGUGUAGCGUCUUUUGGUUCCUGUUCUCUAUGAUGACAUGGGGAUUCAACUCUGUUUUCUUUAGAAAUUUUUCAAAGUUUGGUUUCAGAGAAGGCUAAAGAAACUUUAAUAUCUUAGCUUUGUGAAUGAUAUUGAUCCGAGUGUUUUUGUGGUUACACAGUUCAAAAACAAGAGUUUUGUUGUUUUGUAAAAGAGAUUCUAAAGUCUUCCAUUUUGUUUUCUGGUCCUGAACAGAAUGCAAUGGAAUCAAAAUUAGAACUGUUUUGAAAACGUGAACUUAUGUAGCAACAGUAUUGAAUGGAAAAGAGUUAGAUAAUAAAAGUAAUCAUAGUGAAUUCAUGCUUAUGUCCUUCUUGUCUGUCAUUCACAAUAACUAAAUGAUCUCAGUUAAUUGAAUUUUCCUGGGUUAUUAAAGAAAUUAGCAGACAA